AUGAACCAGUUAUCCCCCUCUACCUUCUACAGUAUGAACCAGUUAUCCCCCUCUACCUUCUACAGUAUGAACCAGUUAUCCCCCUCUACCUUCUACAGUAUGAACCAGUUAUCCCCCUCUACCUUCUACAGUAUGAACCAGUUAUCCCCCUCUACCUUCUACAGUAUGAACCAGUUAUCCCCCUCUACCUUCUACAGUAUGAACCAGUUAUCCCCCUCUACCUUCUACAGUAUGAACCAGUUAUCCCUCUCUACCUUCUACAGUAUGAACCAGUUAUCCCCCUCUACCUUCUACAGUAUGAACCAGUUAUCCCCUUCUACCUUCUACAGUAUGAACCUUCUACAGUUAUCCCCCUCUACCUUCUACAGUAUGAACCAGUUAUCCCCCUCUACCUUCUACAGUAUGAACCAGUUAUCCCCCUCUACCUUCUACAGUAUGAACCAGUUAUCCCCCUCUACCUUCUACAGUAUGAACCAGUUAUCCCCCCCUACCUUCUACAGUAUGAACCAGUUAAUCCCCUCUACCUUCUACAGUAUGAACCAGUUAUCCCCCUUUACCUUCUACAGUAUGAACCAGUUAUCCCCCUCUACCUUCUACAGUAUGAACCAGUUAUCCCCCUCUACCUUCUACAGUAUGAACCAGUUAUCCCCCUCUACCUUCUACAGUAUGAACCACAGUUAUCCCCCUCUACCUUCUACAGUAUGA